GCGCUAAGCGAUUUGGCGCUAGUGUGUGUCCGGUGUUCUGUAAUCAGCUGCUGCAGCGCAGACACUUUCCACUUUGAGCUUCUGGCUGUUUUUGAAUCAUACAGUGCCGUGACCUUCAUGGCCAGUCAUGUCUGAAGAAGAGAUCAAGGUUUCCGAUGAGCUUUUCAAAGAUGUCAAAUUCUACGUGGUUGGGGAUAUUGACCAAAAGGUGGUGCAGCUGCUAAAAGCAGGAAAAGCAAAGGAGGUGUCCUACAAUGCUCUGGCCACUCACAUCAUUGCAGAGGAUGGGGACAACCCUGAGGUGGGCGAGUCAAGAGAGGUUUUUGACCUUCCUGUUGUCAAGCCAUCCUGGGUCAUUCUGUCGGUCCGAUGUGGAGACCUGUUACCAGUUACUGGCUUCUCGCCAGAAUCGGGGCAGAUAUUCUUUGGUGUCACAGCUUGUCUUCCCAGACUUCCUGAUGAUCUCAAUGCUCUGUGGGCUUACAUAACCUUUUAUGGAGGAGAAUGCCAGCUUAACCUAAACAAGAAGGUCACUCAUUUAAUAUUGAAGGAACCUAAAGGGGCUAAAUUUGAGUGUGCCCUGAAGCACUCCGGCAUCAAGAUUGUCACCCCUGACUGGAUCACAGAUUCUGUUAAAGAUAAAGCCAGGAAGGAGGAGGCACUCUAUCACCCCAGACUCACAUAUGUGGAGCCAGAGGAAGAGGAGGAGAGUGAAGCAGAGUCAUACAACCGUCAUUCUGAUGGAAGCUACAGCCCCCAGCGAUCCCGGCUGUCCAGUGGUGGCUCAUCAGAUGAGGAGUCCAGCCCCCGCAGACGACCGGGACCCAAAAGACUGAAUUCUGUCUCCCCGACCUCUCCACGCAAACCCGAGCGCCGCAGCGAACGGAUGUUUGAUGAUUCAGACGACGACUCUUCCACAGAGAAGGAGGGCACCAACCUCAACUGGACGCCGGCUGAGGUGGUCACCCCAGCUCCUCCUAUUACAACCGGUACAGCCAGGCGUCGGAGUGGGCCACCCGGCAUCAAAGACCCAGUGUCGUCCACAGGCAGUGGGCUGAUCAACCUAUGUGCGAAUGUGCCUCCUGUGCCCGGUAGUGGCGGUGCCGUGCCUGCAGAGGCUCGCUCCGCUGCUGCCGCCAUCGCUCACUCCGCACAGCAAGGUGUAUCUGUUCCAGAGAGCAUGUCAGGGUGGAGCCCGGCUGUUAGAACGCUCCGCAACAUCACCAACAACUCCGACAUGCAGCCUGCCAAUCGAGCAGCCAGCGUUCAUUCCCACAGGAUGGCUUCCUCCUGGGCUGUGUGUUUGGUAUCGCCGACUAUCCAGAACAGAUGGCUGACAAACAGCUCCUUGCUACAUGGAAGAGGGUCAUUCAGGCGUGUGGAGGCUCAGUUGAUCCAACCCUAACCAGCCGCUGCACACAUCUGCUGUGUGAAAGUCAGGUCAGCAGCAUGUACGUACAGGCACUCAGAGAGGGGAAACGCUGUGUAACCGCCCACUGGCUCAACACUGUGCUGAAGAAGAAGAGGAUGGUUCCUCCUCACCGGACGUUACAUGUGCCAUUUGCCUUCCCUCCUGGAGCCAAACCCUGUUCUCAGCACAUCAUAUCAGUGACGGGUUUUAUGGAUGCUGACAGAGAUGAUCUAAAACUGAUGGCCUACCUGGCUGGUGCCAGAUACACCGGAUAUCUUUGUCGCAGUAACACUGUCCUCAUUUGCAAAGAACCCAGUGGGCUUAAAUAUGAGAAGGCCAAGGAGUGGAAGAUCCCUUGUGUGAAUGCCCAGUGGCUGUGUGAUAUACUGCUGGGCAACUUUGAAGCACUGAGACAAAUCCAGCACAGCCGAUACUCCAUCUACACACAUCCUGAACCACUGGUGCCUAACCCACAGCUGGUCCAGAACCUGCUUGCCGCUUGGAGAACACCAAUCAAAGUCUCUUCUGAAGCUUUGGCGAGCCUCCAGCUGCUGCAGAAGCAGAAGAUCAGCGACUCAGCAAACCCACCUGCAAACAAGAAGGCCAGACUGGAAGAGAUCCAGUCCCCGAGUAAGAAGCUUCCUCCAGAGUCCACUCCUCGGGUCAUGUUCACAGGCUUUGAGCCUAUGCAAGUACAGCAGUACACCAAGAGGUUACAUGCUUUAGGUGGUGAGCUUGCAGACAGCAGUCAGAAAGUCACUCACCUUGUGGCCAGUAAGGUGACUCGCACCGUCAAGUUCCUCACUGCCAUGUCUGUGGUCAAACACAUAGUCACCCCAGAGUGGCUGGAGGAAAGCUGGAGGAGUCAGAAGUUUGUGGACGAGCAGAGUUGCACUCUGAGGGACGCAGAAGCGGAGGUGUUGUUUGGCUUCAGCCUGGAGGAGUCGCUAAAGAGAGCCCAAAGUGCACCUCUCUUUAAGGGGAAGUACUUCUACCUCACACCAGGGAUCUGUCCAAGCCUCAGCACAAUGAAGUCCAUUCUGGAGAGCGCCGGAGGAAAGCUGCUGACCAAGCAGCCCUCAUACAGAAAGAUCAUGGAGCACAAUCAGAAUAAGAACCUUCCGGAGAUCAUAUUAAUUUCCUGCGACAAUGACCUUCACCUCUGCAGGGAAUACUUCUUGAAAAACAUUGAUGUCCACAAUGCUGAGUUCAUUCUGACUGGAGUUCUCACCCAGAAACUUGACUAUGAAUCAUAUAAGUUCACUUGAUGACGCAGCAGUGAAGCAUAAAGAAGAGGACGCGGGACAGAAUGAGGACGACCGUGUGUACAGUCCAGCCACACUGACUUUUCUAUGUUUUUAUUUCUGUGCAGAUGUCUCCAGUCUUUUUGUAGCCUUUUGUUACCUGUUUGAGACGAAUUAAAUGGAUGUUAUUUUUGUGAAAUAAUUGUUUAAAUUAUGGGGGAUGAAACUUUGUUUUCUGUUGUUGAGAAUAGGAUGUGUAAAGCUUCAGCUCACAAAUGCUGCUUUUUGGAAUAAAAACUACACUUUGAUUGUGAAAAA